CUCCACCACCACAAGGUCGGACCAGAUUCGGUGUCAGCGCCGUUUGCUUCAACGGCUCGCUACAUAGCGAACCAACCCGACAGGUCGGGUCACGGACUGGCAGCUGAGAGGCGGGCGAUCCACCUGAAGCGGAUGCUGCCAAAGACCGCGUCGUAGUCUCCUCAUCAUCAUGGGAGCACCGAAGAGUCCAGAGGGAAAUGAAUCGUCUUCUUCCUCUUCGCAAUCGCCAACAUCAUCCUCGACGUCGUCGACAGGGGUGGGGGCGGUUGCCACGUCACCAUCAGAGAAACGAUCUCGGGGGGAAGCUCUGAGCGGUGGUAGCAGCCGAAGCAGGAAGCGGACAGCGGCGCAGUCUGGACAUCGGUCUCCCUCUCCCAACAGUGGCGAAGCUUCGCCGUCGUCCAGGUCGUCACCCUCUAGGUCGCCCCAACGCAACAACAAUCAAUCAUCGCCCAGGUCAAUCUCGCCAAGGUCUGGUGGCGGCAGUCCCAGCCGGACCUCGGCACGAGGCGCUGCGGCGCAUACAGGAUCGCCUGGGAAGCCAUGGGGAGAAGACACUAGCCUACCUGAGAUCGCCGACGAGCCGGGGGACUUGUCUGGCUCAUCGUCAUCCUCCUCCUUUGGUGGUGGCGCUGGUGGGGAUCCUGCAACCGGGCAUGACUCAUCGAUGGAUGAUGGCGACACGUCUGCAGACAGCUCCUCAAGCUCCCAUCGCGUCUUCAACAAUACAAACACGCCCAAUUCGCUGACAGCGACGAUCUCGCGUGGCCACUUCCACCAGUGCGGCACGGCGAGGCGGGUCAAGGUUUACGAGCUUCAAGGAGAGAUCUGGUUCGAUCGAGGGACGGGUUACUGCGCAGGAGUCUACGAUGAGGCCUUUGAUGAGGCGCUGCUCGUGGCCAGGAUGGAGAACAAUUGCGUGAAGCUCAAGAUUGAAAGCGAAGGUGACGAAGCAGGACGGUCCGACGCCGUCGCAGCAGCUGCUGCUGCUGCUACGACUGCUGCCACAGGCUCGACAGACGGCCAAUCCCCCAUCACUGAUGGCGAGGACAAGGACUACUUUGUUCUCGUCGUGAGCGAGAAUUUAGAGACGGAGGACAUGCUGCUCAACACGCGCGUCGUCCGAGAGGACGUCUACCAGAGACAACAGGACACCCUUGUCGUUUGGACCGAGCCCGAUGGGACCGAUAUGGCCCUUUCUUUCCAAGAGGCCGACGGCUGCAAUGAGGUGUGGGAUUUUCUCACUGAGGUUCAAAAGCACUUUAUUACCCAUGGCCAAACGGUCAGGAUGGAGCAGCAAGGCGCGGGAGCGGGCACAGGUAGUGGCUCCGACGAUGAAGGCGUGCUCCUCGGAGUUGAUGGAACAAAUUCCAGCCAGGAUGGUGGGACGCUCUUCAUGGCCGACGGCAGCCCUUUUGCUCUCCCGGAUCCACAGCGCGACAAUCUCGAGGUCGUAGAGGUCACCCUCAAGGAUGGGGCAAGUCGAACUGCAGCAGCGAGAGGAAAGGUGGCCGAGUGGCUGUUUAAAGACGAAUACGUCAAGAAGCUCAUUCCCGUCUUCCAUGACGCAGAGGAGCUGGAGCAGCUCGAGGACUUGCACCGGCUCUGCAGCAUCAUGCAGACGAUCCUGAUGCUCAACGACAAUGUUUUGGUCGAGAGUAUUCUCCAGGACGACGUCUUCCUCGACGUCAUGGGCAUGCUCGAAUACGACCCAGAGUUUCCCAGGCUCAAGGCCUCGUAUCGCGACUACCUUGUCAACCAGACUCGCUUCCGCCAGGUGGUGCCGAUCCAUGACCCCACGAUCCUGGCCAAGAUUCACCAAACCUUUAGGCUCCUCUACCUCAAGGACGUCAUCUUGACGCGCAUCGUUGACGACUCCACCUUUGCCAUCCUCAACAGCCUCAUCUUCUACCACCAGGCCGAUAUCAUCAACUUUUGCUCGAGUUCAGAGCAAUUUCUCACAAGCCUGUUUGGCAUCUUUGGUGAUCCGCCGCCCGCCUCGCAAAGCGACACCAGCGGCGAGGUGCAGGUCUUUGACGACGAGAAGAAGGGCGAAGCUGUCAUCUUCAUCCAGCAGCUCGUCAGCAUGGGAAAGCAGAUUCAGCUUCCCACUCGCAUUGCCCUCUAUCGCGUUCUCACCGAGUGGGGCUUGCUGGUCGUGCUCGAAUAUGCGCUCUCGAGAGAGGACGGCAGACUCAAGAAUGCGGCGACCGAGGUGCUCCUGACAAUCAUCGAAUACGAUGCUACGGCUGUGCGGGUUCACAUCCUGGAGCAGGUAGAUCGAAGCAGAAUGUCGCUUCUCUCCAAACUCGUUGACCUGCUCCACGAGGAGACCGACCUGGGCCUCAAGACGCAGCUCACCGAGGCGCUGCGGAUCCUUUUCGAUUCAGCACCCGAUGGCACGAGCGUUGGACCCGGUGUAGCGCAGUCGUUGAGCGCUGCCGCCGCCGCCGCCGCAGCGGCUCAUGGAGAUACCGACGGAGACAUGGUACAGAAGGAGGACUCCGAUCUGUUCCUUGCUUGGUUCUACGAGGAAGAGGUCGAACACCUCUUUGAACCCCUGAAGCAACUACCAAGGAUGAAAGAGUUGAUGUCAUCGGUGUCAUCAGGACAGAGGCGGAAGAGGGGCGAUCUGUCGCUGGAGCCGCGAGCAAAGUCGGCGCUCAUCGGCCAUCUGUGCGACCUGCUCACUUACAUUGUCAUCCACCAUUCCUACCGGAGCCAGUACUGGAUCGUGUCGUCAGACAUCAGCGCACGCGUGGGCGCGCUGCUCUCUGCGAGAGAGAAGCACAUCCGACUCUCGGCCCUUCGCUUCUUUCGCGCUUGCCUCACCAGGACCAACCAAUUCAUCAACCGGCACCUGAUCAAGCUCAACGUUUUUGAAGCCAUUCUGUAUCUGAUGGAGACUGAGGAAAGUAGAGGCAAUCUCGUGGCAAGUGCAUGCCUUGAUCUCUUCGAAUUCAUCCGAAAGGAGAAUGUACGAGCAGUCAUUGGACACCUCCAUGACAAGUUCAAGGCUCGACUGGAAGCACUCGCAGCGAGGCCGACGUGUGGCUCUUUCUUCAGUGCACUGCUCGAUCAGGCGAGGAGAAAUAAGGAGGCACCCGUAUCUCAGGACUCUUCUGCUGCGUCGGCGGCAAGGAGCAACGCAAUGAGUAUGAAAGACGAAGCCGAGCGAAAGAGACGAAUUCGCGAUCUCGAGCGAAGAGGUCAGAACAGAGCCAUGAUGGACCUCGACGAAGAGAACUACUUUGGAGAAGAGGACGACGAGGAUGAAGGAGAAAAGGCAGCUUCGACUUCCACGUCGGCAUCCACCUCUUCCUCCUCCCAGUCGUCAUCGUCGUCGUCAUCUACAACCACGUCAGCGGGGCCCAAGCGAGGCGGACUGGUGCCCUAUUCGGACGAGGAUGGCGAAGAAGAGGCACAGGAGGUGGCUUCCUCGCUGCCGGCGUUACACCUCACUAGUGUCACACCAUCAUCACAAGAAGCAGGUCCUCCUGGCACUUUCCAAGCUACACCGCCCACUUCUUCCAUGCCUGCAGCGCACGUUCAGCCGAUGAUUUCGAGCAGCGCACUCGAGGAAGUCGUUGUUCCGAAGCUUUCUGGUGGACGUAGGAAACGCGAUGCGUCAGAGGGGCAAGACGAAGAAGACGACGAUGACGAUAUGAUGGGUAGGCUUGCCAAGCGGAAAUCUUCACGAAAGAGCGGCGGCGGGCUCGAGCCGGCUGCGAAAGCGCCAAAGCAGGAAGCGGUGGCCGGCGGAUUUAUCAAAGAGGAAGACGCUGAGGAAAAGCAAGCCAAAGGACCAGCCGCAUUGGCGGCGGCGGACGACAAGGAGAAGGCAGGAGGAGGCAAGAAGAAGCUGUCGAUCAGCCUCUCGUCUUCCAGCCAAAAAAUGAUCAAGAGCGACGAUGAUGCUUCGUCAUCCCCCCCUUCCAACACCACCACCUCCUCUUCUUGAGGAGUCUCAUGAUCUCCCUAUCUGCAUCUGCUGGCAAC